CUUACCAAAUGUAUUUUUUUGGACAAUGCAAUUUCCAAAUUCAAAACAAAAAAUUGAAAUUGAUUUAGUUCUGUUGAAGCUGGGAGGAUGCUACACUGUUGAAUCUGGUGUGUUACCAUAAAGUUUGGUGUUUUUGAAACCAGGUGUCUAAACCAUGCACGUAUAUCAUAUUUUAGCCCCAAAAAAACAACAAAAAAGCAGCUUUACCCAUCGAUGUAUUUCUAUCAUGCCAUCAUGUUCCAAUCUCCAUUUGACCUUUCAAAGUUGCAAACAAAACAAAUUUUUUUAGAACCUCCGAUACAAUACAUGGAAAGUUAUGAAUUAUUUUUAUACAUCUCUAGAUCCUGUCAUUACCACUUCCUGUAGGAACAUGCAUGUGGGUGCUUCUGAGAGAUCUGCAGGUGCAGGCAUCACUACGGUGCACAAGCACAGGAUAUUUAACCACACGUCGACAUAGAGGAACAAGUCAGAAAAACAAGGACCAACGAUGAUGAUUGUUAUCCCCUUAACUGUUCUCCUAGUUUGGGUGCCAAACAAUUAUGCGAGCUCUGCUCGUGUUGAGUUUGUGGCUGUGGAAUUGGGGGACAAUGUCGUGUUGAACUGCACCUACAACUGUUCCUCUGGAUUUAUUCGUGACUACUGGGGAAAAGAAUCAAAUAAUUCAAGUACAUGUGGAACAGUUCCAAGUACUACCAUGUGCACUACUUCCCUCUGCCUACCGAAUGUGUCGGCAAAUGACCUAAACAAGAACUACACGUGCUACACCGAAGACACGGCUGACCCAAACCUUUCGAAAAAACAAGAGUGUAUUUUUUCCCUUCACCUUCAAGUUCAAAAAAGUGUUCCAACCAGGACGGUAGCCAUGGAAAUUGAUGACAAAAGUGUGCUAAGAGAAGUGGAGGCUCAAUUUAAGGUUGCUGGAAUCAUCAUUGUUGCCGUGGGUUUUUCAGCUGUGGCUGUCUUCAAGGCUGUCUGCUUUUGCUUGGAGAACUUGAUUGUUACAGGGGAGACACGUUCACUUAGAUCAAGUUUCAACUCAACAGAACCACCAAAUACUGGCAGCAUGUCAGGGCAAAAUGCACAAACAACACAAGGUGAAAGGGUGACUUUGUGGAUUCCUCCACCUGACGAUGAGUGUGAUACGGAGGUUCCAUAUGCUGACAUAACAAUAACGGUCCGAGGCAUCAGCACACCAGAGCUCUCACAAGUCAACUGCCUGACAAUCGGAGAGGUCCUGCACGCGUCACGCUCUGCUGACAGGCUGCACGUGCCCCGCGAGGUCAGCCGCAAAAUGAGCACCACCUCCGAGUAUGCGGUCAUCACCUACGCUUGACCUGUCGGAGAGAUGCGACUCAGAACCUGUCUUUAA